AUCUCUCCCUUUCUCUCUCAAGUCCCUGAAAUGUUCCCCUCCUCCCCCAGCCUCCAGAGUGGGCCCUCCACCUGCUCAGCUAACUGCACCUUACUGUAUGCUAAGUACAGUUCUAGGGCGAAUUCAUUCUAAGUGUAUGAACUCGCUUAAUCAUCACAACUACCUUAGCAGACAAUUACUAGGCCCCUUAUCACGGAUGAGGAACCCGAGACACAGAGCUACCAAAGCUGAGGGGUUCAGUAACUAGCCCAAGAUCACACACGCUGGAGUGGCAGCGCAGGAUGGGAGCCACCCUGCGGGCCCUGGUCUGAACUCCUGCUCCAGCAUCGCACGGGGAUGGAGUGCUCGGCGGCAAAAGACUGAGCUCUCCGACUGCAGCAGCGCAAGCCGGAAGGACCAACUGACCACGUAGGCCAGGCUGUCUUUCUUUCCUUUUAGCACUCAGAAAAGUUGCGAAAGAGGCAUUUCCAGCGCGGGAGUAAGAGCUAUACAGCCAGCACUCAGCAUCCAAGACCUGCACUCUGCCACGCACAGAAGUCACUCUCUGACGCCGCGGCUUCCCUCUACAAGAGCGACUGCUAAAUAACUCUCACCCACCCACCCCUGCCAGGCCCCACCUCGGGAUCGCGCUGCAGCCUCUGCAUCUGGGAGGAAGACACAGCGGUCGGAAGGCGAGCCCCGGCUAGGGCUGGGCCGGGGCCUGCCGCGGCGCCGGGCUUUGCGGCUCCAAACCGCUGGGCCGGGCUCACGAGUCCCCCAGCCCUACCACGCUCCUCCUUUCCUCCUACCCAAAUCCCACCUCGAGUCCCGCGCCCUUAGAGGAAGUCGGUGGCUCUGCCGGAUUGCCAGCCUAGGGAUCGGCCCCUUCUCGCCACCGUGCACCCUACACGGGCUCUUCUGGGCACCGCCGCGUCCUCUCGGUGCGUGCCCUCCUUCUCCUUCCUGUGGCUAACCCCUGGGACCCCUGGGCCACCCGGGUGCUCUCCGUUAUCCUCGCCAGCUUUCAGAAGGCGGUCUGGGCGUGGGGAGGCACGCAGCUGUCCCCGCAGAACCGCACUUGGGCCAGCGAUCCUAUCCCUGCGCUGCCACCGCCGCCUCCAGCGUCUCCCCGGCUGGGCCCCAGCCGAGCCCGCUGCGGCCCACGUGGCUGCGCGGAGCUCCACGGGGCUGGCAGGAAGCCGAAAGCCGAGCCCAGGCGGGGGUAGGGGGCGGGGAGUGCGGAGCCAGGGGGCGGGCUCUGGGCGGGGGAAAGGGAGGGCCGCUUAGAGGAGGUGGUGGCCGGCCCUGGUGCUCCCCGGCUCCGGGCCCCGGCCGGCCGGGGAAGGCGGCCCCUCCCCAGUCGCCCCGCCUCCCGCUCCCGUUACACCCGGGGGAAGGUGUUCCCGAGACCGCUCCCAUUCUCAGCCCGCCUCCCGCUUCCCCGGCUCCACCGGAGCCCACUAUGCCAGACAGUUUCGACACUUUGCAAAGACAAAGAGCCCUAGAUCGGAGGGGGCAGGAAGAGGAGGAAGAAGAAGAGAGAGAGAAGGAAGAGGCGACGUGAGCUGGGAAGGGGGCGAGGGUGGAGAACACUCUCUCUUGAUUCUCUUCCGAGCCCCCUCAUGCCCCAAACCCGGAAACUCCAGCGUGUCUGCAGCCACGUGGACACCAUUUUCAGAGCCCAACUUCUUGAACAGAAAAUGCCAAGGACAGAUAAUGAGUCCCUCCAGGAUCUGAAGUGAGUGAACACUUUGUGGCCAGGACAAUCCUGGAUGUGGACCAGAAAUGGGCAGUCACUUAGCCUGUUGAAAUGAAGCAACUGAGGCUCGGAGAGGUUGAGGAGCUCCGCUGAAGUCCCAUGGCUGAUGACAGCCAGCCCUCGGCCUCACCCUCUGCCUCCGCCGUGUAACUGCUGCAUCUCUGGCCACAGCACAGGGAGGACGAAGCUAUAAUUGAGGCUUAUCUCCCCUUACUCUUAUACCAGCACUCUACCUUCAAGGGCCUCACCCUCAAGGGACCUUGGAUUGUCAGAAAGAUUAAUUACCACUCAACUCUGUUGGAGGGGAAAGGAAAUCUCUGAUUAAAGCUUCGUCAAGGGACAUCGUCAACUCUGGGAGGCUUGCAGGAGAAGUAGGCUACUUUAUUUUCUGGAAAGACAAUUGUAGGCAAGCAGAGCCAACACACCACGAAUGGCCUUUGUGUACCGCAUGGUGAUGUCAGGAACACUGGGGCGGCCGUGCCCCAGCAGGAGUGAGGUCGGCCCCAGCAGCCCCUGAGUGCUCCCUGGGAAUUCCUGCUGUCUCUUCGGAUCAAGCUGCCGUCUCUGGGAUUUUUCCUGUAUUUCCCCUCCGUUAGGAGAGAUUUCCUCCAGCCCGUCACAGGGAGGCUGCCAGAAGGUAGUGAAGAUGAUGACCAUGAGAAGGAGGACCCUCAAAGCACUCAUCUUCCUCUUCCUCUUCAUCUUCCUCACCUCCUUCUUCUUCAACUACUCCCCCACCAUGGUGACCACCACCUGGUUCCCCAAGCAGAUGGUCAUGGAGCUCUCGGAGAGCCUAAAGAAGCUUGUCCAGUACAGACCCUGCCCCUGCGGCCACUGCGUUGGCCAGCGCAAGGUCUCUGCCUGGUUCGAUCAGAGGUUCAACCAGACCGUGCAGCCGCUGCUGACGGCGCGGAACGCCCUCCUGGAGGAGGAAACCUACAGAUGGUGGCUGAAGCUCCAGCGUGAGAAGAAGCCCAGUAACUUGAACGAUACCAUCAAGGAGCUGUUCAGAGUCGUGCCCGGGCACGUGGACCCCAUGCUGAAGAAGAGGUCUGUGAGCUGCCGGCGCUGUGCUGUCGUGGGCAACUCAGGCAACCUGAGGGAGUCCUCAUACGGGCCAGAGAUCGACAGUCACGACUUUGUGCUCAGGAUGAACAAGGCACCCACAGCAGGGUUUGAGACUGAUGUCGGGAGCAAGACCACCCACCACCUGGUGUACCCCGAGAGCUUCCGGGAGCUGGGAGAGAACGUCAGCAUGGUCCUGGUCCCUUUCAAGACUAUGGACCUGGAAUGGGUGGUGAGCGCCACCACCACGGGCACCAUCUCCCACACCUACGUCCCUGUCCCCACGAAGAUCAAGGUGAAACAGGAUAAGAUCCUGAUCUACCACCCGGCCUUCAUCAAGUACGUCUUCGACAACUGGCUGCAGGGCCAUGGGCGCUACCCAUCCACCGGCAUCCUCUCGGUCAUCUUCUCCCUGCACGUCUGUGACGAGGUAGACUUGUAUGGCUUUGGAGCAGACAGCAAAGGAAACUGGCACCACUACUGGGAAAACAACCCAUCAGCCGGGGCUUUUCGCAAGACAGGGGUGCACGACGCAGACUUUGAGUCCAACGUGACGGCCACCUUGGCAUCCAUCAACAAAAUCCGGAUCUUCAAGGGUAGAUGACGCUGUGAAGGGUUUAGGAUGGACGCGCCAUCACGCCUCUGGGUUUGCAGCCCCAGCAUCUUGCCAGAGCUGUGCUGUCUAGAGGCUUCGCGGGCCAGCCUCAGGGGUGUCCCCAGGUCACCCUUGCAGCCUCCUGCACCCCAGCCUUUGGCAACUUCCACUCACCAAGGUCACUGAACUCUGCUGAGCCUGUGGAACAAGUCUCAGAACCUGUUUCGUGUGGGGAGAGCUUCAUCCCACUGCUGUCCUAAAGCUGGGGAAACUCUGGGAAAGCUUCAGUCUCCAAACACUAAAAUCAUUUUGGCUUCUGGGACAGGAUCAGGAGUCAAAGCUGAAGACGCUCCCAUAUUCUAAUAGACAGGAGCCUUUCCCAGGGAAGAUGGAGAGACAUGCUGCCUCCAGGGGCCCAGCGCUGACUGUCAGGCUCUGAUUCUCGGCUGGGAUGUUUCUGAGUGACAGUUACCUCCAGGACAUAGCCACGUGGGGCUACCCAGGUGCUGGGGGCACAAUGCUGCCCUUCUUUGCACGAAGCCUGGCCUCUCACUUGGUGAUCGCCCUUUGUUCCCAAAGUUCAGUUGUGACUUCCCACCCCAGAUCUUCACAGAAGCUUGGCAGUGUGCUUCUCCUGAGAUGCCUCUUCCCAAGUGGAUGUUCCCCUGAGCAGUCAGUCUCUGUGGUUAUAAUCACAGCUGAUCGCAGCUCUGCCCACUCCCCUGGGCCUCGGUGUUUGGGGAAGAAAUGCAUGCAUUGGCUCAAAGGAGGCAAAAGCCCCUCUGGGGAAAGAGGGUCCCCUCCGAUAGCACACCCCUGCCCCAGAGCUGGGUACAUCUUCUCGGGUUUCCUGAGCCUGCACCUAAUCUGGAAUAAAGCUCGGAUGACACUCAAAGCCACCCAGGGGCACAUCAGCUGGGAACGUACGCUCUUACUUUCUCAGACUGUUGGAUUUGGUGUCUGUAACCCCCAGCACCUCGCAGGGGGCUUCCAAUAGCAUUUGCCCCAGGGGCCUGACCUCUGGGCCAUGUCCCUGCCAGCCACCUCUGGGAUGUCCUGGGGCUCUGGGUGGGGGGCAUCCAAGGCGUGGUGACUGCACUUACCUCAUCUUUUCUUCAGCCUCCCUGAUUAUUUAUUGAUUUUCUUUUCUUUUUAAUUCAGCUGACAUUGUGUGCAUUCUGGCUUGGUUGCUGGUCCUGGUGUUUGGAUUAAGCCUGCUAUUGCCUGACCCAGCAGCAGGGAAGAGCGGCUUAAAGAGAGACUUGUAGGAAUUCUCAGAUUUGAGGGCUUGGGGCUGGCAGUUGGGCGAACCCUGCCAUGUCAGUCCUUGGUGGUUUGUGCAGUGCCUGCCCCACCCUACCAUUCCAGCCAGACCUUGCUUCCCAUGUAGAGUUGGAGUCAUUCUGAGGCUGGCAGUGUCCAGAACUCAUUGAAACCCCCCAUUGUGGCCAGGUGUGGGGUGGGUCAGGCAGACGAGGAAAGUGAUGCUUCAUCAGGAAAACCACUUUUUCUGUUGAAAACAUUUGUUAAAAGGCCACUAUUGUUUGGAGAGGUGCGACCGCUUAGGAUGCAGUCUCAGAAGUCAUGGGAUCAAUUCCCCCCACCCUAGGGCUCAGAACCCCCCUCUGCAGCCUGGGUAGCAGGAAUUAUGAGGGCUUAGGGACCUCAUUCAGAGGUCAGAGAUGGCUUCAGGCCAUUCACGAGAGUCCCCAGAAAUUGUAGGCCAAGUUUUUCCCCCUGAAUUCUGUGCAUAUGAGCACUUGUUUGGGGAAAGAUUCCAUGGCGUUUGUUACAGUCUCACAUAUUCCAAAUUCACAAAGUGUUAAACAAACAAACAAACCUGUUUCAGCUUUAAAAUUCUCCAAAACCGAAGACUUUCUUGAUCAGUGCAGGCUGUUGUGUUGCUGUGAGUCACUCUGAAGGCUCCCACCCCUGCACGGCGCCCAGCCCUGCGUGGCAUGAAGAACUCAGCAAACGUUUGUGAGUUGGCCCAUCAGUCCCCAGGACCAAGUUGAAUGAAAUGAACGCUGAUAGAGAGGGCCGUAUGGACUAUGGGCCUCUUCUCCUUUUCCUAAAAGUGGGUCUGUUUGGGGAUGGUAAGCUCAGGAGAGCAAUCUGUGUUUUGGGAUUUUGCUGAUCAAGAGCAGGUCCCUAGGGUGAAGUGGUGUCCAUUUCUGAGCUGGGCACUGCCUGGUGGUGGUUCUUGGUCUGGACUUCGAACUGUGAGACACUUCCAGCCUCCCACAUCUGGCUCUCUCACUUUAUAAUGAGAACAGCAUGGCCCAGAGUAGGGAAGUGGUGUGUAGCAGUGACUGGAUUACAACAGCACAAGUCAGAAUCUGGGCAAAAAUAGGGUGUAAUUGACUCUAUGUUGAAAUUGUCCAAAGGUGGGCUGUGUCCUGGUAACUCCCUAUCCAGCAUCUUGAAAAGUGUGACCACAAUGCCGGUGACUCUGCCCUGCUUUCAGCCCUCAGCGCCCUGCGUAGGCGGGCAGGUGGGCCGGCUCUUCUACCCCCUAGUGAAGGAGGCAGCGUUUCUGUUUUGCAGGACACUCUUCUCAAGGCUCACUGGCUUAGCAGUAGAUACUUCCCCAAAUUAAUGCCAGUUGUUGUGGCCAGAACUAAAUGCACCAAUUGGCUCAAGCCAACAGGAGCCUAUCCCUGGGGUGAAGGUGUCUGAGAAUCAGACAAGAGUGUUGCCCAAAGGGCACUGGGUGUGCCGUCAGCAGGAGAACGAGACGUGCCCAUGCUGGGCAGGCAAGGGCAGGAUGCUCCUCAGCCCCUGAAUCCCAGCUGAGGGCUCUGCAGACAUAAAGCUCCUUGGAGACCAGCACUGGGCUCUAGGCGGGGAGCAGACAGCACUGAGCCUAAAGCCACGAAGUCCAGGGCUGUGAGGUCUCAGCAACACCCAGCCUGUGCAGUUCCCCCGCACUCCAGGAGGUGGAUCCUCUAGAGCUGCAGCCCCACGCCCCUCUCCUGGCCUGGCAGAGGUUUGUAACCUGUGUGCUUCCAGAAGGAAUGGGGGCAGAGGACUAGGUUCAUGCAUGGGUGGAUGCCUUUUGAAACUCUUUGUCAACACCAUGCAGCAAACUAUAUGGGCAUGGAUUAGUGAGAAAAUCCAGGUACAAGAAAAUAAAACAAAAACAACAGUAUAACCAGAGGAAGUGAAGAGGGCAGUUAAAAUCUGGGUGAUUCUUCUUUUUUAUUCCUCUCUUAAGCCUAGACUUGCCCAACUAUAUUUUUUAUUUUUCUUUUUUCCAGAUUUCUUUUUAUUAAAUCCUAACUCUGUAUGUUAAUGCAUUUAUGGAGUACAAUGUGUAUACCAUGGAAUACUAUGCAGCCGUAAAAAGCUGGGUGAUUCUUCUAUGGAGAGGGUCCAUUGAGAGGCCUUAUGAGUGCUAACUCUGCUGUGGCCAGCAGGGGGUGCCAGAGGCCCAUCCUACCUCAAUGUGGGUCGGGCCUCCUGGUCAAAGGGGGCCUAGAACCCCAAAGAGCUCGGGGUUUACUUUAGCUCUUCUCUUCAAGCUAGUCUAAAAACAGGUAAUGUGGAAACCAAAAGUACUCUCUCUCCCUCACCUCGUUAUGAUCAAAAAUACUUUCUGCAGGAAAGCCCAAGCCCUGAGAGGCCAGUGGCCAGCUUGUCAGUACAUUAGGAACUCCUUUUGUCCCAAAAGAGCACUGAGUUUCCUGCAGGCAGCCAACCUGCUUCACGCCCUGUUCUCUCUGCAAGAGCCCAUAUGGUCAUCCGUACCGGGGAGAGACAGACACCUGUGUUAUGGCUACAGUUUUUCAAGAUGCUGGAUGAAGCCUUGCUGGGAGAUCUCACCUCCAAACAAUAUAAACAUGGUGCCAGUUACACCUGAGUUUUGCUCAGACUGCCAUCAGUUGCCAGUCUGAGCUGGGACAUCAGCUUUAACCCUAGCCUGCGUCAGGGACCCCUCUCCGCCGGGGUGGGGCAGGUUCAGGCCCUUCCUCCUGCACAAUCACUUUAGCUCUCACCGAUUCCCAUCAAAGCCAAAGUUCCUCGAGCACUUUUUCUUCUUUGCAGUCCUGUGUGUGUGGUUGCCGGUGGUUUAUAAUUUGCUUUCUGUUCCCACUCAUCUCUCUGUUCUUCAGCUGAGCACUGAUCUGAGUGCAUUUGGAUGAUGUUAGUAAGAGUCCACUGUCCUCAGCCCCUGCUCUAUUUUAUUUAUUGUUGAAUAUUUCCAAUGACCAAUCAAAGUGAAUUAAACGAGCUAUUUUAUCGUU